AUGAACCCAAACCCAGAUAGAUCCGAUAAUAAUAUUGCUGAACUGCUAGUUGAGUCUCCUUCGUUUUCAUUCCAUUGUGCACACUUUAUCGCUUUUAAUGGAUUCAGAGAAGCUUUACAUGGGCAUAACUAUAGUGUAUCCUUAAAAUUAAGGGGGUAUAUACAACAUGAUGGAUAUGUGGUAGACUUUUCUAUUUUAAAAGAGAAAGUAAGAAAUGUUUGUAAAGAGCUGGAUCAUCAUUUUAUCUUGCCAAUUUAUAGUGAUGUUCUAAAUAUUCAAGAAGUAGAUAAUAAUGUAAAAAUUACUUGUGAAGAUAAUUCGGAAUAUUCUUUCCCCAAACAUGACUGUGUUCAAAUACCUAUCAAACAUUCCUCCACGGAAGAAAUAGGACUGUAUAUUUUAAAUAAAGUAAUAGAAGAAAUAAGCCUAUCGUUUUUAAAAAGAAGAAGUGUCAAUUAUGUUGCAGUAACUGUAAGUGAAUCCCCAACACAGAGGGCAACCGUUUAUAGGGACAUCUAA